AUGCAAUUCGGCGUGCUUCUCUUCUUCGCUAGCGUCACACUCGCAGUUGCUCGGGUGGAGGCUGUCCCGGGCGCAGACACUGGUACCAGUCUUCAAAUGCGAGCUCCCCAAUGUGUCGAACUCUACCAGGACUGCCUUGAUAACCCUAACUGCUGCCCACCAAACCGAUGCAGAAAUUGGACGAAGGACGAUGUGCGCGCGGUGAUGAACUACAAAGAGCCGGAACAUAACCGCAUAUGCAUAUCGGGAGUUGGAGAUUGCUGGUGCUGGGCCGUUGGUAGAGACAUGGAUUUCGCCAUGGCAAGGAAGAUCGAUCGAAUUCGUGCCAGGGACAAGAAUAUUGACCCUUACUAUCCAGGACCUAUACAAUCCACUGGCAUAUUCAAAGGUCUCGUGCAAUACACUCAAUCCAGACAGCGUAGCUCAGUGCUUGAAAUCAAUGAAAUAGCGGAAUAA